AUGAGCGAAUAGAACAAAUUUCGCAUACUUAAAACUACUUAACCUACUCAUCCUAACUAAUAAGGAUGGCCAACUUAAAGAUCUGAUUCUUCCAAUGAAAGACUUACCAGAAUACAGAGAGAUUCACUUCCAAAUUUAAAGAGUUCAUAACAGUACUCAAAUAUCUCCUAUAGAUAUUCCCAAAAACAUAAAGCAUUAUCUUAAGGAGUAUUUUAUUCAUAAAUAUAUAGACAUUUUAUGGAUCUCCAUUAUUAGCACAAAAUUAAUUAGAAAUUAUAGAUAAAAUGAAAUGUUAACCUAGAAAUGAUUUCUAUGGAUAAUUAAAAAGUGUAGAUCCAUAUCAAUAUCCUACACGUUUAACAGAUCUGUAUCUCUCACCUAAAACACUAAGAGAGCGUAAUAUUUUACCAUUUAUAUCCAAGCUACUGUUGAGGUGCAUAUACCAAAUGAAUUAAAAGAACCCCCAUUAUAAUUAGGCAAUUUCUGUAAUAAUUUGUCUAAACAUAACCCAAGAGACAAACUUCAUAGAGGUAUUCCUCAAAAGUAACCUAAAUUAUUUAUGUAGACAUGAUAUUAAAUCACUUGCUAUUUGGGUUGAUCUUAUGGUAUAAUAGAUUGUAGAUAAAUAUAGUGAUUAAAAAUAAUUUGAUUUUUAUGAAGAAGUUUAAAAUGUACUAACUUUAUGUUUAAAAGAACUAAUAAGAUAAAUCAGUAUUGAUUGUAUUGAAAGGAGGUGAUGUAAAUUUACAAAUAUAUUUAGUGUUCUACUUGAAAAGAUUUGGACUUAAUAUGUAGAAAUUAAUUCUACUGUUAUUAAUUAAGUUGUUAAUGAAAAAAAAGAAAAUGAAAAAUAAAAUCUCAAAUAAAUAAUGAAAACACAUUAAUUAUAUUAAUAAGAAAUUGAUAAUUUUUAAUUAAUUAUUUAAAAUUAAAAAGAAGAAUAAUCCAAGCUUACAGAUAAAUUAAUUAAAUUAAAAGAUAAUGGAAAAUAUCUCAAAAAAACUAAUAGAAAUUUAUAAAAUACAGUUAGAGAACUUAAAUUCUAAUUAAAUGAUUACACUACUUCAAAUAAAUAUUUAUUAAAUGAAAUUGAAAAUCUUAAAUAAUAAAUCUAAGAAAAUGAAACAGAUUUCCAUGAUUUUUAAUAAAGAUUUCAAGCCAAUUACAGAUCAUAAUCUCCAUAAAAUAGUGAUCAUUCUCCCCUUCAAUUACCAUAACCUAUAAAAGUGAUUCAACCUAACAUGCAUUAAGCAUUCUAUAGUGAAGAAUAAAUUAUAGAUGUAUUAAAAAAUGACUCAGAUACCACUUUAUCAAAUUUUGAAGAUAUGCUUAAAAAUUAAACUACUGAUACUAAUGAUCUAAUUACUAUCAUGAACUUAUAAAGAGAAUAAUCUAUUCAAACUAUUGUAUUUAAUAAUGUUCCUGAAUAUAAGUUAUUAUAUUUUAUUAAUUUUAGAUCUAUCCUCUUACCAGAUUAUAGACAUAAUAUUGUUCAAACUGAUUUUAGUAUGGGUAAUGCAAUCGAUAAGGAAACAUAAACUGAAUUACCAAAUGAAAUACUAGAAGAGAUCAAAAAUGAAGAAGAUUAAUUAAUACAAUUUUAAGAACAAUUUUUUAAAGCUUCUGAAAAUUAUAAAUAAUUUAUAGAAGGUGAUCAAUUAGAUAGUCCUGAUUUAAAAUAAAUGUCAUCUUUUAUUAUCAGUCUAGGUGAUAUAUCAUCUAAAAUAAAAUAAACAGUUUAAUAAUAAAGAGAAUAUAGAACAAGUUUAUUAUUAAUUAAUAGUGCAUAAAAAGAUGAAAAUCAUAGAAAUGCAAAUGAAUUAUAAUUAUUAGUAAAAAAUUAUAAUUAAUUUAGAAAAAUACUAAUGAUAAUUUAUAAUAGAAUUUAGAAUCUGCAAAAAAUGAAAUUAUAGAAUUGGAAGCUCAUUUAGAAUUACAGGAAAAAGUAAAUAUUAUUAAAUAUUAUAGAUAAAUUCUAAAUUAGAAAGAAAAUACAAUAAAAUAAAAGAUAAGAAAUAAUAAUUAAUUGAAAAGACAACUAAUUUAAUAAAUUAAUUAACAAAAACACAGAAAUUUACAAAUAUAAUUAAAAAAAAAAUACAAGAAAAAAGAUCAAGUGUUUUCUCCUAAAAAAAAUAACCUGCCACUCAAUCAUAAAGUUAAUUACCUUCAUCCAUAGAAAUAUCAUAGAAUUUUUAAUAAUAGUUUUUAUUAUCAAGUAAUCCAUAAAAUAACUUUGUUGCUUAAUCUCCAGGAAGAUAAUAGUUAAGUGUAUAAUCUAAUAGAAAAUAAUCCAAACCAGAAAGUUCAACUAAUAGAAAUAUAUAAUAGGAAAAUUUACUUUAGGAAAUUAAUGUACCUAAAAAGAAAUGGAACAUUUAAAUUACAAAUACUGAUGAAUAACAAAAGGAAUCUGAUAAUGAGAGUGACAUAUCAUAAUCACAGAUUUCAUUUUAAUAAAGUAUUUCAAUGGUUUAAGAUGUAUUAAAUGUUGUUUAUAAUAGGAUGUUAUAUCAUAACGUAGUUUUGCAUCUAAUAGAAGAUCAUCUCAAAUUUAAGGUUAAGCUAAAUCACCUGGAAAUCAUGUAAUUUUUAAUUAUACUUAAUGUAGUAAUUAAUUCCAAGUAAUGGAAACAAUAGAUCAAGUCUCAAAUCUGCAAAAAAAAGUACUCCAAUUAGUACUUCUAAUACUUUAAACAAUGAAAAUGUAAAAAUGAUUUCAGAUACUCUAAGAAAGUUUUUGAAUGAGGAACUUGAUAAUAGUGAAGCUUCUAGUAUUGAUUCAUCAUUUUCAUCAAAAUUGGAAGCUUUUUCUAAAAAAAAAUCAGAUAGAUAACAAAAGAAAAGAAAUAUCACAUAAACACAAGCUCCAAGUAAUUUAAUUUUUUAUAAAUUUUAAGAAUUUUAAAAUAGAAAUAAUGCUGAAUCUACAACUUAAUUGAAUUACUAAAGAUCUAAAUAUUUGGUUACAUUUUUAGCUGAACGUUUUGCUAAAAAUCCAAAGUUAGCCACUCCAAAAAUGUAAAGAAUUAAUGUUUUAAAAUUCAUAUCAUAAUUUUAUUGUGAUAAGAUUAAGUAAUAUUCUAAUAAGAAUACUCCUCUACAUUAGAUAUGUUAUGAACAUUUUGUUAAUACUUAUGGAUUCAAAAGCAUGGCUGAAUAAAAAUUAACCAAUUUCUAUUAAUCUGUAUAUUUUUAUAGAGAGAAUUUCAGAAUCAAUCUAUUUGGAAGGUAAAUAUAUAUAAUUAAUCUUAAGAUUUCUGGAAUUAUUAAGUCCCCUCACUUUGGAUGAUUUAGAUAUUUAUAUUCAAUCUUUGAAAAUUUUAGAUGAAAAUGAAAUAGCUCUUCAUAUGGCAUCAAUUGUUAAUGAAAAGGGAGUUUUAGUUUAAUUGGAUAAGGCCUUAGCAUCAUUAGAUAUUUAGCAUUCAUGUUUGGGAGCAGAUAUUAGGGAUAAAAUUAUAAAGGAAAUUCGUUAAAAUACUUAUGAAAGGAAAAAUAAAGUUUGUGUGGAUGUAGAUUUCUUUAUAAGUAAAUUGUUGAAUGGCUAUCAUCAACAUAAAUCAAUACAUUAAGCACAUUUUGAAGAAGUAUUUUAUUCAGCUGAUAUGGAUAUGGAUGGAAUGAUUGAGUUUUAGGAAUUUCAAAAAUUAUAUUUACAUUUUGAAAUUAAUUAAGGAACUACAUCUAAUAAAAAGUAUAUCAGAACUCAAUUUAUGGAAAGAUGUGAUACUAUUUCAAAUGAAAGUGGUGAAAAAGCUAUGUCUUUAGAUCGUUUUGUUACUUUCUCUUUAGAAAAUAAUAUUUUUUCUGAAGAGAAAUUUUCAGUAUAAAUUGAAUUUUAACAUUUAAUAGAAAUUUUCAAAAAAUGUUGAUUCUAAUGAUCCAAUAAAAAAUGUGAAUGAUCUUAAAGACAAUUGGAAAAACAUAUAAUCCUUAUUAAUAAGUAGGAUAAAUUUAAGUGAACCUAAUGAGGGAGACUAUUAUCAAAGUAUAAUUUAAAAGCUUGAUUAAGUAAAAAUUAAGAAAUUACUAAUUUAGGCUUUAAAUAAUAAGGAAUUAAAAGAAAGCUAUUGGAUUUCGUAUAGGAUCUUAGAUGCAGAUACCAAAGCAUUUUAUUUGAAUAAAAUAGCAUCUGAUUUAAUCCCAGAAGAUUUACUCUAUUUUUAAGAAUUAAUGGUUGAACUUUUCGAUGAUAAUAUUGAGAUUGAUUGA